GUAGUCCCGGCGGCGGAAGGAGGAGAGGAAGAAAGGGGCGAGACCCGGUGCCCGGCAGCGGCGCGAGGCUCUCGCUUGGCGCGCGGACGUCGUCAGCCAGGCGCGCGGCGUUCGAGGCUCGGUGUCGGCGCCGAGCCCUCUCCCGGGCAGCCGGCGCUGGUGCUGCUGCUGCCGCCGCCGCUGCUGUCGUGGGGCUCGGGUGGCGACAGAGCGGGGCCGGCCGCGGGGCGGGCGGGGAGGGAGGAGGCGGUGAAGGCGGCGGGCCGGGGGGGAAGAUGCCGCUGGCGCAGCUGGCGGACCCGUGGCAGAAGAUGGCUGUGGAGAGCCCGUCCGACAGCGCUGAGAAUGGACAGCAAAUUAUGGAUGAACCUAUGGGAGAGGAGGAGAUUAAUCCACAAACUGAAGAAGGCAGUAUCAAAGAAAUUGCAAUCACACAUCAUGUAAAGGAAGGACAUGAAAAGGCAGAUCCUUCCCAAUUUGAACUUUUAAAAGUAUUGGGACAGGGAUCAUUUGGAAAGGUUUUCUUAGUCAAAAAAAUCUCAGGCUCUGAUGCUAGACAGCUUUAUGCCAUGAAAGUAUUGAAGAAGGCCACCUUGAAAGUUCGAGACCGUGUUCGGACAAAAAUGGAGCGUGAUAUCUUGGUAGAAGUUAAUCAUCCUUUUAUUGUCAAGUUGCAUUAUGCUUUUCAAACUGAAGGGAAGUUGUAUCUUAUUUUGGAUUUUCUCAGGGGAGGAGAUUUGUUUACACGCUUAUCCAAAGAGGUGAUGUUCACAGAAGAAGAUGUCAAAUUCUACUUGGCCGAACUUGCACUUGCUUUAGACCAUCUACAUAGCCUGGGAAUAAUCUAUAGAGACUUAAAACCAGAAAACAUACUUCUUGAUGAAGAAGGUCACAUCAAGUUAACAGAUUUUGGCCUAAGUAAAGAGUCUAUUGACCAUGAAAAGAAGGCAUACUCUUUUUGUGGAACUGUGGAAUAUAUGGCUCCAGAAGUAGUUAAUCGUCGAGGUCAUACUCAGAGUGCAGACUGGUGGUCUUUUGGUGUGUUAAUGUUUGAAAUGCUCACUGGUACACUACCUUUCCAAGGAAAAGAUCGAAAAGAAACAAUGACUAUGAUUCUUAAAGCCAAACUUGGGAUGCCACAGUUUUUGAGUCCUGAAGCCCAGAGUCUUUUGCGAAUGCUUUUCAAACGAAAUCCUGCAAACAGAUUAGGUGCAGGACCAGAUGGAGUUGAGGAAAUUAAAAGACACUCAUUUUUCUCAACAAUAGACUGGAAUAAACUGUACAGAAGAGAAAUUCAUCCACCUUUUAAACCUGCAACUGGCAGACCUGAAGAUACGUUCUAUUUUGAUCCUGAGUUUACUGCAAAAACUCCCAAAGACUCACCUGGCAUUCCACCCAGUGCUAAUGCACAUCAGCUUUUUCGGGGGUUUAGUUUUGUUGCUAUCACCUCAGAUGAUGAAAGCCAAGCUAUGCAGACAGUUGGUGUGCAUUCAAUUGUGCAGCAGUUGCACAGAAACAGUAUUCAGUUUACUGAUGGAUAUGAAGUAAAAGAAGAUAUUGGCGUUGGCUCCUACUCUGUUUGCAAGAGAUGCAUACAUAAAGCUACAAACAUGGAGUUUGCAGUGAAGAUUAUUGAUAAAAGCAAGAGAGACCCAACAGAAGAAAUUGAAAUACUUCUUCGUUAUGGACAGCAUCCAAACAUCAUUACUCUAAAGGAUGUAUAUGAUGAUGGAAAAUACGUGUAUGUAGUGACAGAACUUAUGAAAGGGGGUGAAUUGCUGGAUAAAAUUCUUAGACAGAAAUUUUUCUCCGAAAGAGAGGCCAGUGCUGUCCUCUUUACUAUAACCAAAACUGUUGAAUAUCUUCACGCACAAGGGGUGGUUCACAGAGACUUGAAACCUAGCAACAUUCUUUACGUGGAUGAAUCUGGCAAUCCAGAAUCUAUUCGAAUUUGCGAUUUUGGCUUUGCCAAACAGCUAAGAGCAGAAAACGGUCUUCUCAUGACUCCUUGUUAUACUGCAAAUUUUGUUGCACCAGAGGUUUUAAAACGACAAGGCUAUGAUGCUGCUUGUGAUAUAUGGAGUCUUGGUGUCCUCCUCUAUACAAUGCUUACUGGUUACACUCCAUUUGCAAAUGGCCCUGAUGAUACACCAGAGGAAAUAUUGGCACGGAUAGGCAGCGGGAAAUUCUCACUCAGUGGUGGUUACUGGAAUUCUGUUUCAGACACAGCAAAGGACCUGGUGUCAAAGAUGCUUCAUGUGGACCCUCAUCAGAGACUGACGGCUGCCCUCGUGCUCAGGCAUCCUUGGAUUGUCCACUGGGACCAACUGCCUCAAUACCAACUAAAUAGACAGGACGCGCCCCAUCUAGUCAAGGGUGCCAUGGCAGCUACGUAUUCUGCUUUAAACCGUAAUCAGUCGCCGGUUUUGGAACCAGUAGGCCGUUCUACUCUUGCUCAGCGGAGAGGUAUUAAAAAAAUCACCUCCACAGCCCUGUGAAGUGACCUCAGUGAGAUAUUUGGUACCAUGGUGUAAGCUGAUAGCACAAGUUCUGGCGACAGGUAGCACAUAUCUGAGAGACACCUGCAAGCACACACUGUCCCAGCUGGUACCCAUAAUGCUGCUGCUCCUGCUGCUGCUCCUGCUUCCGUCUCUUCUCGCUUUAAAUGAUUGUUAGCAAGUUAGAUUUUCCUGGAGCUUCGGAUGAAAUGAAAAUGGAAACAUGAUGAAGACAUAUUCACUGAAUCAACAAGAAUAAUGAACAUAUGAAUACCACCUAAAAAUACACUGAAUAAAGUACUCUACACCAUAUAGCAUUAUUUUUAUAGGAAAUAUUUCAUGUCCCUGAAAUAUUCUUUGUUAGUUAUAGGGAUGGACAGUUUAUGUUAAGCACUUAGCUUAAACAAUCCGUUUCUAUUAGCACUGUAUCCCUUGUGCCAUCCAACAUUUUGUAUGUUUUUGUAAACAGUUCAUAUACAGUACAUUUCUGUACUGCUUUCUUUAAUGUAUACAUGCUUUGUUUAACUUGGAAUCUAUUAUUAUUAAUCAAUUGACUAUUAAGUCUGGUUAAAUAGUUCACCUGGAUUAACAGUAUUGUUGGACAGCCCUAAAAAUGGCCAGAUUGUGGAACAGCUGUUGAAUGUAAUACUUCCAAAAUGUACAUAUCUUUCCCCAUGUCUGUUUCACUGGUUCGUUCAUUUGUUUGUUUCUUAAAGUCAGGUGCUUUGUCAGACUAACCUAGAGAGCUGUUAUGGUAGAGAAAGUUAUCACAUGUGUGUGGCAUGACAUCAAGAGUACAACUAUGAAGUUAGUCCAUAUACGUUGCAACUCCUUAGGGUUCUUUUUUCCUUAGUUGAGGAAGUAGUUCUUGCACUUUUAAUCUUGAAUAGUAUCCAUAUUUAGUAUUUGGCAUAUAAUUUGGGAUUUUGCCAGUAUACAUCAGGCCUUUAAGAGUUAUGGUGAAGAGAUUGGCAAAGGAAAAUUUAGCAACAGGUCAUUCAAGUCCCAUUGGAUCUUUCAUGUUUAAAUAGAUCAAGUUGCAGAAUUUCACUUAUGAAUAACAGGAUACAUGUUCUUGUAUACCUGCAAGAAAAGUAUGCUUUUUUUGGAAAAAAAGGUAAAUCAUAAUGAGUUCUGUCCCAUUACAAUGCUCUAUAUUAAACACUAAUUUGAAUGUAAUAAAGGCCACCAGCCUCUAUAUGAAAUUGGAUUUAAACUUUCUUAUUCGAGGGAAUAAAACAUUCUUGAUCAAACAAUAUCUGUUCUCACCUGAAAUCAUAGCUAAGGUAGGCUAAGUGAAUGUUCACCAUUGAGUGUUUUCUGAAUUCCUUCUGAUGAUUUAUAGCCCUAUAAUUUUUCCUUUAACUUCAGAACUGAUCAGCUUUCAUAGUGGUCACUGGGUCUGCUUCGAUUACAGUAUUCAUUAUCUACAUCUAAUCUGGGUAGUUUUCACAGUUUCAUUUAAUUAAGGAAACUUUUGUAUCCAUUAUUACCUGUAUUUUGGUCAAGCUAUCUACCAUACAUCAAUUUAUAAUAUGAAAAACAUGAACAAAGAGAAAGUGAUUUAGCUUAGCCUUAUCAGAAAUGUACCCAACGGAUCAUAGUCAUGUACUAAGCCAUUUACAUCAGAAGUUUUUUUUUUUUUUCCUGCCUGAAGCUUUAAAUCUUCUCUUGAAAGUACAAAGCCAAGAAAGCAUACUUUAGUUAAAUGUCUUGGAAGCCACGUAUCAUUUCUUAAUUUCUCCUCUGUGCAACUAAAGAGAAAGGGAAAGUCUGUAACGUUAAUUUUGCUUAAGUGACACAAAAUGAUUAUCACAUCGAAAUCAAAUGUAAGUUUAUCUUCUAAAUAAAAAACAUAUAGGAGGAAGGAUAUCAGAAGAUCUAGUAGGAGAAAGUGUUGGUUUUUUUUUUUAAUUUUUGAGUAUACAAAUGCUAACUAUCAAAAGCUGCUUCCCAUUGCCUGGAAAGAAAACUUUUUUUUUCCUUUCUCUCUCUAUUCAGUAUUUCAAACUAUGACCAUCCCAAAUUCUUGUCACUUUUAAAAUGUUAAUGUAACUCUGGACAGAAAAAAGAUACACUUGCAAAUUUUGGACACUGUUGCAAUUCCAUAAUUGCUUAGGUGUUUUGUCCAUCAUAAUCUUAGAACCAGAAGUAAAUGUGUAAACCCUUAUAAAUUAUCUAGUCCAGCUUUCUCAUGUUGCAUGUAAAGAACCUAAGACUUCUCGUUUGGUUUUUUACCCUCGUAACACCAUGCUGCCUUCCCUUCAUAUUAUCACCCAACCAGGAGCAGACUUGUUCAAAUCAUAUAUAUAUAGUUCUUAGGACAUUUACUCUACUGGUAUAUGAAUGCCAAAUUGAUUGCUCUCAAAGAUAUUGCCUUCUUUGCCUACUCCAGCUGCUAGUUUUAUUGGAGAAAAUCAAGUCAUAUGUUCACAAAAGUGAAGGCUUUUGCCUAAAAUGCAGUUCAUAACCUUAAUUUAUUUCAUCUGUGGUCCUGGGUUUCCUAUUGCCUUUGACUUAAAACAGGCGAGUUGGCCAACAAUUGUGCUCUAAAUGUAGUGCUUGCACUGGGUUUACCUUUUCAUUAAUUUCUGAGUCCACUUAUGGGCCCUUCACCAGUUAGUUUUGCUGGUUACCAGGGCUUCUCCCAGGAAGGUUUAAGUUCAGUCUUAAAGAUAUUUCAGUGUGAAAGAAGGAACGAAACUAUCAGGCCACUUUUACAACCCCCCUCUUACCUUAUAAUCCAAAAUAAUACCUAGAAUUGAAGAUUGCAUUUAACUUUGCCAAGCACACGCUGAAAAAUAUGGAUUACACUACCAUGAGUUUUAUAUCUUCUCUUUCAAGUGAUGAUGUUAAAUUAAGGUAAGUUUUGUCCUUUUAAUUUUUUAUGUAACUCAUUUCAGCUCCUUCUAAUUUAUAGAGAUGCCUUUUUCUAAGUACAAUAAUAGACCCUUCCUUAACUUUAACAGUUUUGAUGCGGAUUUGUUCAUUCACAUGCAACCCCAGAAAUCCAAAAAUGUAGUGAUUUUGCCAAUGCACAGAAUCAAGAUGCUGCAAGGUUAAUGUGUGGGAAAAGCCAUUUAGUGAGUGGUGUGAUGUGUAUGCAGUAGAGAUUCACAUUUCACAUGCCCGGGGCUGCAAAGUGUGGGUUUGAAUCAACUGUUUCUCACCUAAUUUUAAGAAGUCGUUGCUGUUGGGGCCAGGACACAUUAUGGGAGGUGGGGCUAGCCUGUUUGCUGUGCCAUGCACCCUCAGUACAGGAAAGACUUAUAAGGGGAGUGGGGUGCAACGGCUUCAUGAGUAGGCAGAAUGGUUUGGGUUGGAAAGGGGCUGAGGGGUUCAGCCUGGGAUGAGAGCAGAAAAGCAUUCAAGAUUUGGGAGCCUUGGUACAGAUGUACUUAAUCACUAUGGAAGUCAGCAAUAUAUAUCUCAACAUGGCUUUGAAAUUCUCUACUUGCUGGCCUUUAUAAAUGAACAUUUUUCAGCUCGCUUUACUGUAUUUUAUAGAGAAAAUUCUCAUGUAGUAUCAAGUGUUUGUGAGAUUUAUGAAGGCAUUAGGACAGAUAUCUCAGGAAUGUGAAGGGUUAGAAAAGGUCUGUUUUCAGUGAUUAACAAAUGCAACGGGUUCCAUGGUUGACCCGUGGUGCUUAAACCAAGAGGUUCCAAUUCUAGUCCUAGAGUUCUGUCCCUCCAAAAGCUUCAACUCCUUGUGACUCACAAACUAGAUGUAUACUUUGAGUUUUAGUUACUUCACAGAUAAGUUGACUUAACUCAGUAUUUAUAUUUCAAUUAGUGAAAAUAGUCCUCUCUUCACCUCCAGAUUGCUUAUAUCUUGCUGGUUUCCCCAAGUGACCAUUGGUGGAGACCAAUUAAUGAAGGAAUGAGAUUUGCUUUCUUGCGACUGUGGUAUUCUGCAGAGCCACGUUUAACCACUUUUUCUAGUGAAGAAUCUACAGAAUUAUAGUACCUAAAUAUGGAUGGCCAAGAAAAAUUUGUAUCUACAGUGUGCUUUAUGUACUUCUGACACUGCUGUAUUUUUUGUGGUCAGGUGACUUGUAACUGGUUCCAAUGUGACUGAGUGUUCUCAAAGAAUUCUGGUAAUUAAGUCGACUUAAUUUUCUUAAGCCUUGUAUUACUAUCAGUCUCACAUUUACCACUUUGAUUCUAGUCUUUUAACUGUUCAUAACAGGGCAUACCAAGGGUUGGGAUGAGAGUCUACUUCCUACCUCUUAAGGCACUUUCCUCAUUAUUUUGCCAUAUAACCUUGAAGUGCAUGAUAAGCUGUUUAAAUGUCCAUGACUUCUCUCAAAGCAACUAGCAAAGUAUAUGGCAUUGAAUAGAGAUUAGUGGAAAGGAAAAUUUAGAGACUAAAUUCAGAGAUGCAGACCUCAAGAAAACCUCUUGAGAGCAUGUACCAUUUGAAUACAAAAUAUGUAAACGUAUGUGAGAGGAGAAGUCUCUGUAAUAGUCUAAGUAGAUUAGUUCAUUAUCUAAUGGAAGUGAAAAUCUUUACUCCUAUUAUCACUAUAGUACUGAAUGAACUGUAUACUGAGUUUUUCAAACAAGUAUUUAAAGUAGAACUUUUAAAUACAAAGCAAGGGCAUAAGGAUAAAGGUUUUGGUUUAUGUUUCUCUAAGUGUAGUUUACCAUCUAAAGCUUUAUAUAUAUAUAUAUAUAUAUAUAUAUAUAUAUAUAUAUAUAUAUAUAAUUGCCAUUCCUUAGCAUCCUUAUUAAUUGUGGGUGAUGAGGUUUUAAUUCUUAAAAUUAUGUACAUGUAUUGGGUUUAUCUUAACUCUUACCCUGAGCAAAAGGGAAGGUAUACGCCUAAGGGUUGUAAUUAUUUUGCAUUUCUGGCCUUGGGUGGGAAUGGGGUGGGCAUCUACUUAAACAGUUUUUAAAAAGAAAAAAAAUCACAAGUAUUUUUCUACUAUUAUACAUGAUCUUACUUUAUACUAGUUUCUCUCUAGUGAGGCAUGCCAGAAGCCCAAGGUACCUUAUCAUGAGUUCCUAUGUGUUGUACCUUUUAUCGGUGGUCAAAUCACAUCAGAUGCUUGGCACCUGCUGCCAUAAUUAUGAAAUGCUUGUAAAGGAUUAAAUAUCACUGAAUACUUUAAAUUGUUUUACUUAAGAGUUUAAUCUGGGAAGUUUUCAAAUCAUACUAUUAAUGUGUAAUCUAAGCUCUUUCAGAUGUAUCCAUGAAUAAUCCUGGAACAAUAUUGCUUGUAUUCCUGUCACAGAACAGGUUUUGUAAUCUUUAAAAGAAAUGAAAAUUUAUAUAAUAAAGUUUCAAAUAAAUGCA